CUGCACUGACCAGCAGCUAGCUUAUCCAACAGUGAAAAGCACACGAGCUCCGGCCUCCUGCAUUUUUAGAGACAGGGAGUGCGUGCGCGCGAGUGAUGAGAGAGAGAGAGAGAGAUUGAGUGAGUGAGUGGGAGAAGCCUAGCUCUGGUUCGUCCUCUAGCUCUAGCCGUGUGGGUUUCUGCUUAAGAAAAGUGAGCUGAGCGAGCACUCGUGCGGGUCGUGCUACCUUCCUCCUCUGCUCACUCGCUACUUGUCCGUCUCCGGCGGCCAGGAUGCCGUGCUCGUCGCCGCCCCCUCCGUGGCUGCUGCGCGUGGCAUCCGCGGCUGCCGACCAGGCCUCGUCCUCGUCCUCGUCCAAGGGCGGCGGCCGCGUGCUCACGGCCGGCACGACAACUAUGGACACGGGCGCCACCGCGGGGGGCGGCGGCGGCAAUGCCGCCGACCACCAGGAGAGCAGCAGCAGCGGGCAGUCCAGGCUCGCGGCGCGCGGCCACUGGCGCCCCGCCGAGGACGCCAAGCUCCGCGAGCUCGUCGCGCUCUACGGGCCCCAGAACUGGAACCUCAUCGCCGAGAAGCUCGACGGCAGAUCCGGGAAGAGCUGUCGGCUGCGGUGGUUCAACCAGCUGGACCCCCGGAUCAGCAAGCGUCCGUUCAGCGACGAGGAGGAGGAGCGCCUGAUGGCGGCGCACCGCUUCUACGGCAACAAAUGGGCCAUGAUCGCGCGUCUCUUCCCCGGGCGGACCGACAACGCCGUCAAGAACCACUGGCACGUCAUCAUGGCGCGCAAGUACCGCGAGCAGUCCACCGCGUACCGCCGCCGCAAGCUCAACCAGGCCGUCCAGCGCAAGCUCGAGGCCGCCGCCGACGUCGCAAUGCCGCCAUCCGCCGCGGCCAUGGACGCCGUUGUCGGCCACCACCACCACCACCUCGUCGCCGCCGCCGCCGCCCACGACGCCUCCUGCUUCGGCGACCCCUACGGCUUCACCCUCCCGCACUACUGCAGCUUCCCCUUCCCCGGCGCCGCUUCGGCCGAGGAGGCGCCGCCUCCUCCCAGCUUCUGCUUGUUCCCCGGGCCCAGUGCCGCGGCGCACGCCGACGGGCGCUUCCCCUGGCCGGACGUCGCCAGGGGAGUGGGGCGUGACGGCGACGGACGGUUCGGGGCGGAGCCGCCGCUCCUGGUGCCUCUGCCGGUGCAGGGCGGCGGCUGGAUCGACGGCGGCGGCGGCCACCACGAUGUGCAGUUCGUCUCGGACCAGGCCGCUACCGCGUUUGAAGGGACUACAAGAGAGGGCGCCAGCGCUCACUUUGAAGCCGUGGCGCCGGCGCCAGCCUUCAUUGAUUUCCUCGGGGUCGGAGCAACAUGAAUGGACGGUUGCGUCUGUGCAUGCAUGCAUGCUCAAUUUGAGCAUGCAGCAGGUGGAUCUUGGAGUGUACUAGCUCGAGCUCUAGCUCUAGCUAGCUUGCCAUAUAAGAACCUUCAUUGCUAGCUUAUAUGUAGUAAGUUUUAUUAAUGUAUCUAGCUAGGAACUAAUGGCGAGGGAGAUUGAAUUUGGGGGCAUUCUUGAGGAGGGAGGCAUGGACUUUGAUCAUCUGGAAUUUAGUUAUAGUAGUUAGCCCCAUAUGCAGGCAGGAAGAUGCAUGUUGAAGAAAUACUGGAGAGAUGGGAGUUUAAUUUGUGAUGAUUAGUUCCUAGUUUUUCACUUAGCGAAGUGUAGAUGAGGGACGUCAAUUCCUAGCUAGAUGGAAGUACUAGCCGAGUAUGCAUGGUAUAAUUUCUUUUCAUUGUACCGCAACACCUUGCUUAAAUAUUAGUGGUGUUUUGGGAGCUC